CGUGUUGGUGUUGUGAAGGAAGUUUGGCGCUAUCCGUCCAUUAGCCCGGUGCUCUGUUCUUGUUUUCACAGCCUAGAAAAACGAUCACAGCCUCUGGCCAGUAAGCCAAGUCUUUCGUCAGCAACUAAAACCCCUCAACAAAGAUGCUUGUUUCGGCCGGUACGACUUUUUACGAGCUGAGGAGGAAGAGUUUGGUGAACUAAGGUGGUUAAGACACACCGCCGCUGAUAUUUAGACUAUCGCUUAAGGCAAGCGCAAGCCACUAACGCUCGAGAUGAAUGAUAUUAAGCAAGCUAAGGACAGGCUUGCCCUUCCGUUCCAACAUGAACCGCCCGGAGCAGGGGAAGUAACCGUUGCCGGAGUCCCUGGCAAGGUAUUGCAAGAAGGCACAAACACAAAUCCAGCUGGUGAUGCAUAUCGACGUGAUGAUGCGGCUGUCGAGGCCGUUAUUACCACCCCUACCAUUAAUACCACCACCACCACCACUAGCCAUGAUAAAGACGACGACGACGCUGACGAAAAAUCGACCCAGAUUGAUACUGUGACAUUGAAAUGUGAUUUAAAUGAUUACCUGAUUAACUUUAUUACUGUUAGAUGUAGUUUAGCGCAGUCGAAACUGGAGACGGCAGAAGCACAAGCUACUACCACGACGGACAAAUGUCCUGCGGAACGUUACACCAUCGCGCCGGAGGACGGUGCCGCGACAAAUCCCGAUCGCCAUGUUAAAGUUAGCGCGGAUAUUCAAACGUCUCUGGCCUGUUCAUCCUCAUCCUCCUCAUCCUCUUCCUCUUCCUCCUACAUCCCGUUUGAUGAACUAGUCCGCUACACGGAACUCGAGCGCGAGUGGACGCGGAAAGCGAGGGCAAACGGUUUUGGUUUCGAGAUCCUGGCACUCGGCGUAAUGCGAAAUUUGCGACUGUGUGGUGGCGGCGAAGACUCCAUCAAUAACGGCACGAGCGCCUGGGGAACGCCGCCGGGUCCCACGAGCAACGGUGCCCUGAGUGCCUGGGGCGUGCUGCCGAAUCAGUCGCUUCCACCACCCGCCUGGGGAAAUGUUGGUGGAAACAAUAACAAUAACAACGGCAGCAGCAGCAGUAGUGGCAGUGGAAACAACCCGGGGGUAAACUCCUCUUCCAAUGGCACGGGCUCUAAUGGCAACAAUACCAACAAUGGAAAUGGCAACGGUAACAAUUCCACCGGGAAUGGUGGUGGCGGUGGUGGUGGUUCACGAGGAGGCUCGUCGGACCCAAACUUUAACAAAACGAACGCUCAAUCACAGCAACAAGGCACGCCGCAGGUUGCAACACCACCGAACGCCUGGAACACGGCUGCUUCAAAUCAUCGCGGAGUAGGCCAGCAUCAGGCGAACGUUGUCAAUAACAACGGUAACCACCAUCACCAGCAGCAGCAGCAGCAGCACCAUCAGCAUCAUCACAUCCAGAACCAUAGUCACCAUCAGCAACAGCAACAACAACAACAGCCAGCCCCUGCUGGGCAGAAUAUGGCCAACAACGGUGCUAACGGCAACAACGGAGCUGGGAAUGGGACUGCCAAGAACCAGCUGGAAGUGCUCAAUACGAUGCGGGAGGCGCUUUUCGCGCAGGAUGGCUGGGGCUGCCAACAUGUGAAUCAAGACACGAACUGGGAGGUACCGGGAUCGCCCGAACCACCUGGUGCUUCCGCAGCAUCCACGGGUGCGGGAGGUGGUGCUGUAGCUGCAGGAGGUGGAGCCUCCGGGGGUGCUAAUAAGGGUGACGGUGGUGGACCCAACGGUGGCAGUGGUGGCUGGAAGCCGCAAAUCAUGAACAACGGCACGGAGUUGUGGGAAACGAAUCUGCGCAACGGAUCGGUGGCACCGAACCAGCAGCAGGCACAGCAAGCGAAAGCCUCCGCUGUUCCCUGGGUACCGGCGAAUAAUCUUGGUGGCACGUGGAUGGAAGAUGACGACAAUGGUGGUGGUGGUGGUGGUGGUCCGUCGGCCGGGUCAGACGGGGCGGCCAACGUUUGGAAUGGUAGCGCGGCUGCAAUCGUGGCAGGUACCCAGAUCGCACCAAUGCCGGCUCCGGUUAGUGGGUCCGGAUGGGCAACUCCUGCGGUUAACAAUGCGUCGGCGGGUGUGGCUAUGUGGCCACCGGGAUCACCGCAAAAUCCCGUCCCGAUGAACAACCCGCAGGUGGCUGUGAAGAAGGAUGAAUGGGGCUCGAUUGGAGGCGGUGGGCCGCAACAGCAGCAGCAGCUAGGGCCUCCAGGAGGAAUCAUUGGAGUACCGCCAGGAUCUGGUGGACCAGGGGGUGGCCCCGGAGCAAACGCUGCCGCCGGUAUGAUGGCGCAAGGAUGGGGAGGCGAUGGACGUACAGGCGGAGUAGCGAACCCUGGUGGAAUUGGUGGAUUAAAUCUGGCCAGUUCGAUCGGACAAGCGAAUGCCCUGAUCGGCAGUGGAGAGCUUCGUGGCGAUCCCCGUGGUAUUUCUGGUCGUUUAAAUGGAGUCGGUGCUGUGGGAGGAGGCAUGGGAUGGGGUACGGCACCGGAUCACAUCGGUGGAAAGGUAUCGCAAGUUGGUGGAGGAAUGCUUCCGUCGGGAGCUGUGUCCAGCGGUCCAGCCGGGGGCCCAUCCGCAGUUCAACCGUGGGGUUCAGGAAAUGGUCAGAAUAAUAAUGGCUCCAACAAGAUGCCAUCAUCCGUCGGUGGGGGUUGGGAUGAUGUCGGCCGACCAUUGCCAGCGCUUGAUGAGACGGCAGCUGGAGGGAUGCCCUGGGGACAGGGCAAUGCAGCAGCGGCCGGAGGUGUACUUGCUCGGCAAAAUUCGUCUGGAUGGAAGGAUGUUGGGCCGGAUCAAAUGAUGCGAGGCGGCGUUCACUUGCAGCGCAAUCAGUCCCAAGCUCCAUUGCAGGGAGGCGGUGCUUUCGGUCCUGGUAUUCCCGGUGCAAAUUCCGCUGGUUCCGGCGUUCGGUUUGGAGGUGGUGGAGGCGGUGGUGCACUUGGCCUUGGCAAACCAGAUGCCAUGUCAUGGGGCCAGGGUAAUGCAGCUCUCGCUCGGAACGGAUCCUGGGAGGACGGUGUGUCCGGUUGGGGCGAUGAAAAAACCAACAUGUCCUGGAAUGUCGAGCUCGCGCCGAACGGAACCGGUGGCGGUUGGAACAAAACGCCAACAACUCCCAAGUCCGGCGGCAGCGUCGGGUGGCCCGAUCCGAACGAUCUCUCGUCCACCGGCGGUGGAGCCGGCGGCAUGGACUGGUCUCUCGGUGGGCCAGGGAAGCUUGCCGGUGCGAGCGGGAAACAGCUGAACAGUGGAAACCCGCUCGAGUUUAUCCGCGCCAGCAAGGAGUACCGCUUGCUGUGCGAGAUGGGCUACAAGAAGGAGGAUGUGGAGCUUUCACUCCGGGCGACCGGUAUGAUCUUCGACGAUGCCAUGGAGGUGCUGCGUCAAGGUGCUGGCGGUGGUGGAGGUGGAUGGCGCCGGCCGCUCUCGGACGAGCAUGGCGCAUUGGGGAUGGGUUACGAUGGCUCAUACUCAGGACGCAUUCCUCCGCUUAAUCAUGCGGCCAGCGGAUUGUCCUUCUCGCAGAACAAUCAAAACAUGCUGAGCAACAUCCCCGGUGGACCGGGCGGUGGCCUCGGUCUCGACAGUGCCGGCGGGCCGGUCAAUCUGGUUGCACUCAACAAUCUGAAGUUUCUCUCGCAACAACAACAGCAGCAGCAGGGCACCGGUGGUACCGGAGGGCAUCCGCCAUUCAAUCAAGCAUCGCUGCUGCCUCCGGGCGGUCGUGGCCCGAAUCAGCAGUCGCAGCAGGUGCACCAGCAACAGCUGGCUGCGGCCGCCGCACAACCAUCCAAUCAACAGCUGCGCAUGCUGGUGCAGCAGAUUCAGCUGGCCGUGCAGAACGGUUUCCUGAACCACCAGAUCCUCAACCAGCCGCUGGCACCGCAGACGCUCAUCCUGCUGAAUCAGUUGCUCAAUCAUAUUAAGCAAAUACAGUUGACGCAAAGCAACCUGGCACGCAGCGGUGCAACCGGUGGCAUCAGUGCCGUCCAGCUUACGUUGGCCAUCAACAAGCAUAAAACCCAGAUCGCCCAGCUUCAGCAGCAGAUUGCGGCUCAGCAGAGCAUUUACCUGAAACAGCAGCAACAACAGGGGGCCGGUAGCGGUGUACCAGGACACCAAGGGCCGCCCCCGCUAAUGCCAUCGAAUCCGGCGCUCGGCAUGGACUUCCUUCGCCAGCAGCAGCAGCAGCAAGAUCUCAUGGCGCUGCAGGGUACCUUUGCGGAAAUGACCCUCACGAAGGAUCAACUCAUGGCGGCGUCCACUGGUGGAGUAGUUUUUCCGCAGCCUAUCGUUCAAUCGCAGCACAUCCCGGGCGCAGCCCAUCUCGGGGCCGGGUCCGUCGCACCUGGCAAUGUCGUUGUCAGUGGCGGCAACACUAGUCAGCAGUCUCGCUUAAAUCAGUGGAAGCUUCCGUCGCUCGAGAAGGAUCCGUCCGCUGGGAAGGAUGAUCUCACCGAUUUCUCACGUGCCCCCGGCCCAACCGCGACGGGCGCCGCUAAGUCCAGCACUACCAGCGCCAAUCUCAGCUCUCUUGGCCUCGUGCAGGAUGGAACCUGGGCAACCGGACGUACAAAUCUGACCGAUGGCUGGCCAGAGCAAACGGGUGAACCCGAAAGCAAAGACUGGUCUACCACCAACAAUAACAACAACACCUCGUCGCAGGAUAGUUCCGCUUUUACCGAUCUAGUACCUGAGUUCGAACCGGGAAAACCAUGGAAGGGUACGCAGCUAAAGAUCGAAGAUGAUCCUAGUAUUACGCCGGGCAGUGUCGCCCGCUCACCACUGUCCAUCUCGACCGCCAAAGAAUCGGAGUUGUUCGGAGGAGGAGGCAUGGUGGCACCGGAAAAAGUGUCCCCGACGGUCGAUGCUGGCGAUGGCCGGAGCGGUGGCCUCAAUCUCACAACCAACGCGUGGAGUUUCAAUACGCCCUCGUCAACAGUGGUGGCAAGUGGGGGCAAGGCAUGGACAGACAGUACCGCCGGUGGUGGUGUCGCGGUCACCAGUGCCGCCGCCGAUGUCUGGUGUACGCCGAUCGGUAAACCAUCGGCAACCCGUGGCCCACCUCCCGGCUUGGGAGGGGCCGCCAGCAAGGGAGGCAACGGUGGCGGAGGAGCCAGUUGGUCGACGGGAUCGCAGCAUGGAAGCAGCUGGGGCGUCGGUACUUCGUGGCUGUUGUUGAAAAAUUUAACGUCUCAGAUUGAUGCAUCGACUUUGCGCACGCUGUGCAUGCAGCACGGUCCCAUCGUCAGCUUCCAUUCAUAUCCGACCCACGGGCUGGCAUUGUGCCGAUAUAACACACGCGAGGAAGCGACGACGGCUCAGCAGGCAUUGAACAACUGUCCGCUCGGCACCGGCACGAUCAGUGCCGAGUGUCCCGGAAGCGAGUCGGAAGUACAAACGUAUCUGCAGCAACUGGGUGGCAGCAGUGCGUCUGGGAUUGCCGGUGGUGGUGGGGCCAACACCGUAGCCGUCAGCAGCAGCACUGCUGGCAGCAUCUCCAGCAUAUCGUCCCAAUCGUGGAGACAACGCGGCUCAACCGGCACCGGUGCCGACACUUGGGGCUCCGGAUGGCCUCUGGGUGGGGGUGCAGGAGCCAGUACCGGAGGCGGCACGGGUGCGGCAAAUCUCUGGGCUCCGCUCGACACUGCCGACCCGGGAACGCCAUCAAGCUUGAACUCGUUCCUACCGGAAAGUUUGCUCGGGCCAGAAUUAAACUAAACCUGCUAUCACCAGAAAGAUAUCCAGGCAGCUGCCAACUCAGCUUGUGGCGUCCAGUUCCAGGGAGGUGGAAGAAGAAGCUACAAACCCAGGCAUAGAGUUCUUCCCGGCAUCGGAUUCGUGCAUCGCUGACUCAAGUGCAGUCGUUUGCAAUACUUCAGAUAAUCAGGAUUUUUUUAUUUGCUUUGCAACACACACGAAGUGUAUUGUCUAUGGUUUAACAAUAUUUCACCAUGAAACAUGUUUAUUACCUUAAGGUGCGGUUCGAGCUGCAUUGUUCUGUUUGUUUAGUAACAGCGCUUUUAUAAUUUUAUAUCUCUCAAUAAAAUAUUGUUUAGCUUA